UUUACGACAUCAGCUGAUCUUUUCCUGGUGUUACACAAGCUUGCAACUCUGACAACUCUGACACGCCGUUGCUUCUAACGUUAUAUGCCUUUGUGUUUAACUCGAAAUGCGUGUUUUUUAGAGCACUAAACAGUUGAAGAGAAUGCCUGCCUGUUUGGUGCAAGGUGCGAGUAGAGGAAUCGGCCUGCAGUUUUGCAGGCAUCUGCUGAGAGGAGUUCCCAACAGCACAGUCAUUGCAACAUGUAGAAAUCCUGGAGGUGCCACAGAACUGCAAACCCUACAGGCAGAGUUUCCCAGCACCCUGCACAUCGUACCCCUUGAUGUCCUUGAUGAAGGCUCGAUCCAGCGGGCGGCCAGCGAGGUGCAGCAGCACCAUGGCGGGGGUGUGGACCUGCUCAUCAACUGUGCCGGCAUCCUCCACCCCAGCGGCAGGGGGGAAACCAGCCUCAGGGAUGUCUCCUCUCAGGGUUUGUCAACAACUUUUAGCACCAAUGCUGUAGGACCAUUGCUGGUAGCCAAGUACUUCUCACCACUAUUACAGAAGGGAACAGGAGCAUUUGGGCAACAUGGAUCAAACAAGCGGACACACGCUGCAGUGAUGGCCAACUUAUCAGCUAAGGUUGGCUCCACAACAGACAAUGGUCUUGGAGGUUGGUACUCCUACCGUAUGUCCAAGUGUGCGUUGAACAUGGCUACCAAGAACCUCAGCAUCGAGCUGGGCCGAGGCAAAAACAAGGUGAUCUGUGUCAGUCUGCACCCUGGUACAGUGGACACAGACCUCUCCAGGCCCUACCAUAAGAAUGUACCGAGCGACAAACUGCUCUCAACAGAGCGCUCUGUCCAGUGCCUGAUGGACUUUGUAAACGGACUGACGAUGCAGCACACAGGCAAGUUCUUCACAUGGGAGGGGAAGGAGAUGCCAUUCUAGUGGUCCAUCACUGCAAUUGGCUGGACAUGAACUUGACAAACUCUCAGGUAUGAUAAUGGAGUUAGGAAGGCUGUCUACAAAUGGACCUGCUACAGCCCCACCUUGAACCAGAAGGGAGGAUUUCGCGUAGAACUCUCCAGUUUGUGGGACCCGACUUUAGCUUGCCAUCAUAUAAGAGACAGUAACUGUGACACAGUCUUACAACAAGACAUACCAGUGACAUUUACAUACAUCUUAAGGGAUGAAGCCCUGGUCUGGCCCUGAAGCCACAACUUUGUCCCAGUGGUCUGCCGGGUACCAUGGGGGUACUGCUUGGUGAUUCCACAGUUAGAUCAUGGCAUCCAUUUGCUAUUUUGAGGUUUUAAAACAAAUCUGUGACUUGACCAUUAGCCAGGUGUCUUCAGGUGUCCUACGGGGCCACAUUGGGUGUAAAAAAAAGGCUCAUAAACUACCCAAGGGACCCCCUUUUCCAAAUGUGACCAUAGCAUAUAGAAUAACAACCAAACACAGACUUUGAAAAGGAUUUUGUAUUUGCUGUAUAGAACUACAUGAUCAGAUGUUUUGUUUGUUCCACAGUAGACAUACAGUAUUUAUCCUGCAUACAAGUCUAUCCCUAGUAAAUGACAACAACAUAGCCAGCACUAGUGUGAAUAGUUUCAUCUGUUUAGGUUGGUGAAUGACUUAGUUCUCUAUUCACAACCAAGGAUUAACAUAUCAUUUUUCAUAACAGAGAUUGUUCUUGGUUGUAUUAAAAUGAAUAGCUUUCAAAUUGAUAUUCAACAUAGCAACUUGUCAACACAUGACUAUUUAGGGCAUAUGGCAUCUUGGAUAACAAUAAGACAAAAUCUAAAUAAAUCUGUUUUUGAUUUUUCCU